AUGGCGCAACCUCCUCGACCUACCGCGACCGUUAACCCUCUGAUGGGGAUUUCAGACCCUGAAGGUCAUCCCAUCAUCCCAAGGCUGAUGUCAUGCGCGCCGGCCAUUUUCUGCCCUAUCGGCGAGAACGACAAGCUCAAGGAUUCACUCAGCUCUUCCUCGUUCACCAAGCUCGAUUGCCUGCAGAAAGAGCUCGAUGCUCUGAAUACUCACGCAGUCGAAGAUCGAGAGAAUUUCCUCGCCCUCGUUGUUCGCGAACGUGAACGCAUCUUCCAGGAAGGGCGCCGCUUUCAAGCCCUCGAAGAGCUGCAAGGCGGCCAGGUCAACCCAGACGUGCCACUCGGCCUUACAUCCCAGGAACUCGGCAUCAUGGUCGCAAACAUGGAGGCUCCAGCAAAGCCAGGUAUCCCAAACACGGAGAAGAUCCCGAGACCAAAUCUCGACGCUUCUAAUGCUCGAUCAUUGCGAGAACGCCAAGCUUACGAGCAGAUGCGCAACGUGCUUCAUUUUUCGGAGAUGGCAGCGCAUCGUGAGACUGAGAUCAACCAUCGCCGAGAGCUCCUCGAGGCAGCUAUCAAAAAGGAGCAGCUAAGGCAAGACCAGGAGCGUCGAGUCAACUAG